CCAGCGCUGAAGCCCUGUAGGGGAAGAAACGUGGGGGCCUCGGGCGGCGGAAUGCCAAGGCGCAACCUCCUAUCAGCGCUGCGUGGGCCCCUGUUGGCUGGCAGCCCAGUGAUGUUUGAUUCUCAUGCGUCAUAUCGUCACUUUCAGCGCAGCAUCCCGUGCAGGAGCCACAGUGGGGUGGGCGGUGAACGAAUAGCACAACAAACAACCCACAGCUGCGUAACUGGUUUGGCAGCAGCAACGUCGGGUUGGUGCAGCUCGUCGUCCUUUUCUGCCUCUCCCCCCUCUGUCGAUCGCAUCGACCAAGUUCUCUACACUCGUUUCCAGCACCCCGUUAUUGUAUCAUCGUUACAAUCAUUGCUACCUGCGCAAAACAGUAUUGAAUACUAUCCGAUACCAAUUCCAGCCCAGCCGAGGCCCUUGCCACCAGGUACCGGUACGUACUGUGUCGCCCCAGCUCGCCCAAUUUCUGCCCCGCAGGGUCCAUUCAUCCUGUCAUUCAAUGGUGGCGGUCAUGGUAAUGAAGUAAAGGUGGUGGUGACGGAUAUGGGAGCUCGCCCACGCUCGUGACCCCCCUGAUGCGAGGCCGUGUAUCCUGUACUUUGCGUCCCUUGUUGCUGACUCUC